AAUCCAUCCUCAUUAUAUAAAGAGCGCAAGCGACUUGCAAUUGCGACGGCAUUGGGAUUGGAGCCUUGCGACGACGCACUCAUUAGUUUGACCAACCCAGGAUCUACGGACCUGAAGAGGCAAUCAAGAAACCACCGCCGAUAUGAACACGGAAGACGAAAACCUGGGACCCCUGGUCCGCCUAUGGGGCCUCCGGACGGAGCAGCUACCGGCCCCGAGCGCAACGUCGGCAGACUUGGCACCGUUCCUGAUCGCCGUGCUGCAGGAGGCGGUCCCCUUCAUUGACGCCGUUGCGCCCAAGGACGGCACGGCACGGCCCAACGAGUGGAAGGCUAAGGGCAGCAAGACCUUCCCCGAGUCGACGGCGCCCGUCGAGCUGUACGAGCGCAUCGUCCCCGCCGCAGAACUCGCGAAGGAGGCGGCGCGGAAUCAGCUGCCAAACGGCGAUUCCGCCUCGGCUGAGACGUGGGCGUGCCGGAGGAGCAUCCACAAGGAUAAACCGGUCAAGGGAACGGCAGCGUGGGAGGAGUUCGUCAAGUGUUUCAAGGACGACCAUGUCGAGGCCGAGAAAGCGUUCACACCCAACGUCAUGCAGGCAAGGGAAGCGCUGGCGUGGGACUGCAAUGGCGUCGUGGUCAACGAGGGGGGGCUCUCGUGGGGGGAUUUCAAGCUCAGCGUGUCAGAGAUCAAGCAUAAGCUCGUGAUGCCGCUCAAGAACCGCGUGUUCCCCGAGCUCAUCGUCUCGGCCAAGGCGAAGGGUGCUGACGAGUUCGUGGUCGUGUCGAUCCCCGUGCUGGACCUUGCUGGGUCGGACCAUGGGCAGCUGGUCAAGGACAAGAGCGUUGUUGUCGGCGCGUACGUGAGCGUCGAGAGAGUGCGGAGGCUGCCGACGGGGGCGAUUGAGUGGAUCAUGGCGACGGCCUCGGAUGCCAAGGGAGUGCUGCCUGCGUGGAUCCAGGCCAAGGCGGUGCUUGGGGUCGUCGCAAAGGACGUUGCGUUGUUCCUCGGCUGGAUUGCCGAGGAGCGUGAGAAGGGGACGAGCGUGGGCAAGUGGACAGCCGUCAAGGGCGACAGCGAGGCUCGCCCCGGCAGCACCAACCGCAAGCCGUCGAUGACAUUGGAGGACGCGGAGUCUUCAAACAUGCAGGGAAGGACUUCGAGGCAGGGCAUAUCUUCCAGGAACGGAACGGAGCCGGCGUUGGGAGGAACGAAUGGGACGAACGGGCAGGUUCAUGUUUGAUGUUUGAUGUUCUAUCUGUACGUGCGAUACCAAUCUAGUUUGUAGUGCCACAAGGUAAUGAAUGUUGACUAGCAACUUGUUCGGGGCCUAAUCAAGACUUGCCAACCCCGGGCUUCUUCCUAUCACCGACAUCCUUCCUCAGGAAGGCCCCCCCCCCCCCCC